AUGUACCUCCCACUCCUCCUUUCCUUGCUCCUUCCUGUAUCCCUCGGUGUGGCAAUUGAACGUGACUACCCCAUGGUGGAACGCCGCACCUUGAACUCGUGGCUGCUCUCUGCCAAGACAGGUGACACGUUGCGCUCCAGCAACACUGUAUACCAAAUCGUACAGCCACACGAUGCGCAUCUCGCCAAACGACAGGGCACGGGGUCGUGUCCCAACGCCCAGUAUCAGCAAAGGGAAAUUACCCACACGGACCCGCCCGACUGGUCGGAUAAGGUGACUAUCCCCGGUUCCUGCCUCGAAUGCUUUGACAGCGACGAGGAAUGCAGCAUGGACCACGAACUGUCGUGGUCCGUCUCUGAAACCAUCUCUUAUGGCAUGGACGCCUCCCUCGCUGGCGACUUCGCAAACGAUAUUACGGGUAACGCCGGCUUCAACUUCGGCUAUUUCUGGACCAAAGGCUGGUCGGGCAGCACGACAUCGCACUGCAAGGCCCAUGCAGGCGAGGGAGGAACCUCGACCGUGCGCUACCUGCAGGGUAAGGCCAAAACUCGAAGCAGGCUCUGCAGGAGCAGCUGCAUCAACGAAUCGUGCGAAGACUGGGUCGACGGAGAGGCGAUAUUUACGAUCCAGGACGAACAUGGUCUCGUUAUCGAGGACCCGGGUUGUGUGACUUACACCGACCGCAACCAAUGCCUCAACGACGCCAAGCCUUCCGAGUAG